ACAGUUAGCUCCACGCGGAAAGCCCUUUCAGCUCAACUUUAUCUCCUCCUUUACGCUGGAUUAAACACCUUCCUCACGCGUGAUAGCCGCCGUCCAAGCGACUCGGAAGGGAGCGAAAGUUGAGGUGUGGCUUCUAUGCGAGAAAUUAAAGUCACACUCGGGGGGUUUACUUGUGUUUUGGCUGCUGGGGAUGGAGCCCAGCUGCCGGCGACCAUAGCGGCCAGCAGGAGCGUGGAGAAGUCGCUGGAGGAGGCUGCGCUCAGCGGAGCCCUCGUCCUGUCUAACCGUAAACUGAAGGAGUUUCCCCGGACCGCUAGGAACUAUGACUUGUCCGACAUUACGCAUGCAGACUUGUCGAAGAACCGGCUGUGUGAGCUGCCUGAGGAGGUGUGUCAGUUCAUCUCCCUGGAGACGCUCAGCGUCUAUCACAACUGUGUGCGCUCACUCCCUUCCUCGCUCUGUCAGCUACAAGCCCUCACCUACCUCAACCUCAGUCGCAACCAGCUGUCCAGUUUGCCUCUGGCAGUAUGCCAGCUCCCUCUGUUACGGGUCCUCAACCUCAGCAACAACAAGUUAUCCCUCCUGCCUGCUUCUAUCCACACUCUCACCCAUCUCCGCCAGCUGGAUGUGAGCUGUAAUGAGCUACAGAGCCUGCCGAUGGAGCUAGGGCAGCUGGAGUCUUUACGGGACCUGAACCUGAGGAGAAACCAGCUCACCACUCUGCCAGAGGAACUGUCCGAGCUACCGCUCGUCCGCCUGGACGUCUCAUGCAACCGCAUCUCCCGCGUCCCCGUGUGCUACCGGCACCUACGGCACCUGCAGACCAUCAUCCUGGACAACAACCCCCUGCAGAUGCCCCCAGCCCAGAUCUGCUCCAAGGGGAAGAUCCACUUCUUUAAGUACCUGAACAUGGAGGCAUGCAAGAGGAGCCAUGACCAGCUGGAGAGAGUGCUCCGACCCAGCGGCUUCAACACCUGCCUUUCGGAUCAGGAACUGUUCCCUGGUCAGUACGGUGGUCUGGACUCUGGCUUCAACAGUGUUGACAGUGGCAGCAAGAGGUGGUCAGGAAAUGAGUCUGCUGAUGAUUUCUCCGAACGAUCUCUGCGAUUGGCUGAAAUUUCUCGUGAACGAACAAACCUUCAGGAAGAAGAGGAGAAAGAUACCCCACAAGACACACCCAGAAUGAACGGAGACCUGGAGCAGGUGGACUUCAUUGAUAGCAGCAUAACAGAAGAGGAGGACGAGAGCAGCAAGCACAAGCCUCCUACUCCUGCACAAACGUCACCCCCGCAGGGGAAGAGUGAUAGCAGCAGGUCCACGCCCGCCCAUAGUCCAGUCUUCAUGUGCAGCAGGAGUGUUGGCAGUGAGUCGGCAGACGUGGGCUCCCUGUCCAGCCCCACACUGGAGGAGCGGAGGAGACCAGGCACGCUGCAGCUCUGGCAGGAUCGUGAGCGGGCGCAGCAGCAACGGGACCGGGAGCGAGUACGGGACAGCACUUCGCAGAAGAUGGCAGUGAAAACAGGAAGUCAGUCAGCAGUGACUGCGAAACAGGCAGGGACAGGAAGUGUGUCUGGUGGUGAUUCAACAGACAGCAGCGCAUCUAUUAAUGGCCUCCGCCAAAGAUGUGAGAGUGUGGAUCAGACGUGUUUGACCUUCCAGGCCUCAUCACUGCAGCGCUCGACCAGCCGCAUAGACGUGCCCAAGCCGUGCUCACCUACCGGAUCAGCUCCCAAACCCAACAGCUUCCUCUUCCGCACCUCCUCCCGCUGCAGCGUCAAGAAUUCAGGCUCCAUGCAGUGCCUGGCUGAUUCAGGUCACAGUGAGUCUCGUUCUACCCUCAAAUCCCCACGAGAGGAGAGAGCAGACAUCUCCCACUUACGAAAGUCUCUGGAGUCGCGGCUGAAGAUCACCCUGUCUGAGGACCUGGGUGAUGCGCUGGCCAACGGUGCAGUUCUGUGCCAGCUGGUCAACCACAUACGCCCUCGCUCCGUUUCCAUCAUCCACAUCCCCUCCCCCGCAGUGCCCAAACUGAGUGCGGCCAAGUGUCGCCUUAACGUGGAGAACUUCGUCACCGCCUGCCGCAGGUUGGGCGUCCCUGAGACGGAGGAGUCGCUGUGUUCAUCGCAGCUGAUCCUGGAAGACGAAGGGCUGAGCCGCAUUGCCCACACGGUUCAGACUCUACUGGACCUGCCGCCGUCAGGACCCCGCCGUACCUCUCUGCCCGUCCAGUCUCCUGCUCAGAAUCCCAACAACUCGUAGCAGCAAAUUUUAAUGCUUGCUUACGUUUUUCCACCUAUUUUUCCAAAAUCUAUGUACAGCUGUUUGGAUGUAUAGUUCAAAUGAUGACCUGCCCACUGCACUGUGGGCAAAUGGUUCAAAAGGGUCAAAAGAAAAUUAAAAGGAAAUGUGAAUCGGACAAGAUGACUCUUUUAUUCCUCCCCCCCAUAAUCACCACACUUCAAGAUGACGGAUGUACGCAAAGUAUUUAUUUGACAGCAAACGGAACAUCAUUGCUGAGGUAGUCCUUGUAUAAUCGUUUCGUUGGUACUUGUUUGUAAUUGAAAAUUAAUUAUGUCUAUAAUCUGGUGUCUAUUACAAUGCAAAGUUAAUUGGUUUUCCGCAGGUAAUUACUCUUGCAUAGGAGUGGUAGUGGCAGACUGCAGAUAAGUUGGAAGUCAUUAGAGUGUUAUGAUAAGCCAAUGCAAGCGCUUGAGCACCAAGAACGACAUGGAGAUAAAACACUCGCUAAGUAUUGGACUAGUGCGUGUUGCAAUUCCUGUUUUUGUGUGUUCUCGUAUGCUAGAGUGCAGAAUUUCAGUGUUGAUUCAAGGGUGUUUACAUCAGUAUUAAGUGAACUAUACAGAAAUGGCAAUCAACCAAUUGUUUCAACGGACCAUGAGUAAGAGGAGAGAAGUUCACAUACUGAAGUGUUCCCAAAAUGUCUAAAGUUGAUUUUUUUGUUGUUGUUGUAUUUGUGUCUACAGUCCAUUGCUCUUGUUUCUAACUGUGAAAACCAAAGAACUGUCAAUGCUGGCAAAACAGGCCACAGAGAGUGACAGGUGAAAUAUUACAGGCUAGGCCUAGACUUAAAAUCAUUUCCAAUGGUUAUUCAACAAUGGCACUACUGUCUAAGACAGAUACGUGUCUGGGAAACCUACCUUAAGUGUGACAAUCAAGCACUUGGAACAUUGUUGAAGCUGCUGCAAUGAAUUUUACAGAUCUUAGGCGCUAAAGGCGUCCACUCCCACGCUUCAGUUCCACAGCCUCCAUCCGAACCCCUGUCCAAAGACCCUCUCUCCUAAUUAUGUAAUGCAAUCUGUGAUUAUAUUUUUAGUUGCUGUUUAGCUCUGCAGUUUUUAUUUAUUUACUUUUUUCUCUUUCUCAAAAUAUCACUAUUUGGAUUAAAGACAUCGGUAUGUGAA